AUGGCUGCAGGAGCAUAUACGCUCUUAGCAUAUCUUCUUGGUGGUACAUGCCAGAGCAAUGCUGCGGUGCUGAUCCAGUACGAGUUCUCCCAAGAGGAAUGCCGCCGCGGCGUCGUUGCCGAUGUGGCCGGAGGAAACCGAUUCUUCGGUGAUCUUUCGCUUGACAAUUCGACAGCAUCGUGCUUGCCAGGCGUUGGCAUUGAGCGGACUUCGGCCUCACCAGGAUCACCAGGUGCCUCAUCUAUUGGAAAUACAACACUACUGCGGGAAGAGUUGCUCAACGAUGAUUCUUCUCCAGGUCAUUUCUCGCUGGAGUUAUGGCUGAGUGUUCCAGAGAUGCCGGCAUGCGAUGGUUUUUGCACCACUCCCAUCGUGACCAUCGGCGAGGGCGAUACUAGCCUCGAUGAUGAUUGCCAACAGAACCUGGGCAUGAUGAUAACCUACUGGACUGAGACCGGUGAUUUUGGGGCCCGCUUUAUGUCAAUUGACGACGAGUGCGAGCGGUUGUGGAGCGGUGCGAUACAGCCAAGUGAAAGUAUGGGAUACGCGCUUCAUUUGGUGUUGACAAUCGAUUCGAUAGUAUUUUAUGGUGAACCCUACGCCUAUUUCAGAUGGUAUAUCAAUGGCACACGCGUGGCGCGGGACCUCAGCAAGGACGUUCCUCCCGAGACAAUGAUGACCCUAUGGGAUUCGGACUUCAAUAUGCAACUACUGGAUUGGAGUCGGCAAAUCCCUAGUUCAUUUUACACGGAGGGACCAGGAAUAAAGAUUUUUUACCUUGCAAUCCACGACGAAACCUUGGACGUCACGGAGAUUGUCUCGAGAUAUUCUGCUCGUGUCACCAAUAGUACUCCAGUGGUGAGCGAUACGACCAUAGGCGUUGCUGAAGACGGUGAAGAGGGGGAUCACUAUGAAGACCCUCAGUCCUACCUUCAGGUAUUUCCAGUGUCGGAGCUCCAGAUGGUUCCCCUCGACGUUUAUGACUCAGACAACGAUCCUGCAACGCCCAACUACGACAACAGCACGAGCCCGAGGGUAUUCGUGAACACACUGCCUUUUCUGGGCUCCCUUGUAAAUUCGUCGGGUGAUGACAUCAGCUCCGUGCCGUUCGAAGUUCUAGAAGAUGCUGGGGCGUUCGCCGUGAGAUACCGGCCCAUUUUAAACGACUUCUCCACCAACGACUCGGUCGUGUACGCUAAUUUUUCUUUUUAUGCGACUGACGGAGAGAGUGGUACUCGGAGCCAUACGAAUGCGACGGUUUCAAUGUACGUGUUCUCGAAGAACGACCCUCCGCAGGCUUUGAACGCAAGCCACGGCGUAUUCGCGGGUAGCAGGGAAAACUUUAUUCCGCUAAACGGUACAGACAUGGACGCCUUUGAUGACGUACACGGAGCGGCUAUUGUGGAACCGCCAGCGAGAGGGACAUUGUUUCAGGUGUUCAACAACGGGUCGGUGUCGAACGUGGCCGUCACGAACGAGGAACCAUUAUGGAGACCGAUGGUUGCCUACGAGCAUGAUAGUGUUUGGUUGCGCUCCAACUCUCCAACAGACCAAACGGUGGGAGAUGACAUGUUUACGUUUAAAGUAUUUGAUUCUCACUGGAACUUUUCGGUUCCAGCGGCGAUUAACAUCACGGUUCUGAGUGGGGUAUCGGCCAUUAGCCAAAGUGAAAUUUGGUGGUGCUUUGAGGACGUAAACUGUGAAGUAGCGCUGUUCGGCUCCACGAAAAGUGAUAAUGCCGGAAAUAUGUCGAUUACAAUUUCUGGUGUUCCCGUCUACGGCAACUUGUUUGAUGCAGGCAUAAAUAUGCCUGUCGAAGUGGGAUCGACACUAUCGAGUCCAGUAAAGUAUCCGUACGACGAAGGAGCAAGUGUGGUGUAUCAACCCCAGAUGGACUUCUUCACAGAUCCCACUACUCAAUGGAAUGGCACACAACUCCUCGAGCGAGAUGAUGUUAUAGUAACAUUCUACGCCUCAAUAGAACUAGGUGGUACCAGGAUUUUCUCCCCUGAGGUUUCCCAAGAGCUCAAGGUCAGAAACGUGGACGAUCAGAGCGCUAUACGCUGCGGAGACAGUAUUCUUCAAACUCUAGCUACCGGUGUUGUUGACGAUGAUGCCAUCUUGGACGAUGUUCGUCCUGAUCGGCUCUUCAUCUAUAACUUUUCCAUCACCGAGAAAGACGAUGGCGUUGAUCCUGUUCGUGUUUCUGUCACAGCAGAGUACGGAUAUUUGACGUUGAACGAUACUUUGAGAUCAAGAGUCAGCUUCGUGAAUCCAUGCAGUGGGACGCACAACUGGAGAUGUCGUAGCGAUGGGGUGUAUUCGCAAAACAUGAUUUUCAUUGGUGCUCCUGAGGAUGUACAACAUGUUUUGAACGGCAUGCUUUUCGUAUCAUAUGAAAGCAACGUGGUGGAUAACAUGACUGUAACCAUUCAUGAUGGGUUUGAAGGCGAUUGCAUUUGGGAGUUCGCCACCUACUCUGUGCGGCCGACUUGCCAUUCGUCGAGCUGCUCCAUUACGAUUAACGUGACGGAAACAUGGCUUAACGAUGACACGGGGCCGGCGCUCAUUUCUGUAACAAUUACGGAAUUUUUUGUAUUGUUUGCGUUGAUUUCCGCUUUGGGUGGGUUGGUCGUGUCGAAGUGCUUGAAAUCUCUCAAGUUUUGCCUUUGCUUUUGCUGCGGACGUAGAAAGCACCGACGUAGUAAAGGGGGCGAAAGUAAUAAGAUGGAGGUUGCAGCUACUGCUCCUACGCCAAACCACAUGUCAACAGUGCUCAACAAUGCGCAUCGUACGCCAGCAAACAUUCCAGCUGGGCGGACGACAAAAGGGGCUGCCUCAAGGCAGGUCGACACACAAGCUCGUGCCUCAAGGCAGGUCGGCACUUCCCCACAAGCUCGGGGGUGUCCUCUGUUGGGAUCGGGAUGGCUUCGACGCGACCAGAGGGGUGCUGGUCGGGAGAUAACUACUGCGCAGGGUGCUCCAAGAGGUAUUGAACGGUCAGGCGAUAUACCCUGGGAAGAUGAUGGUUGAUGACGUGAGGUACACAGGGUAAAAAGAGCAAGCGUGUUCCUGAGGUGUUGACUUUAUAGAAUUUAUCGCAGCUACGCUGACAAUCAAACAGAGGUUGGUUGAAAAGAGGUGGAAAGUCUGUUCCAGUGCACCGCAGCAUGAACGAGGGAUUGAACAUCCGCAGCACACUAUUAGGUUAACCUUUACGGGAAGGCAGACGGCGUUUGUGUUUGGUUUAGGCUCGGCUCUUUUGGUCAACUAUUUGUUGUUGUCCACUUUGAGCACACUUGUAGGCCCCUGAAACCAGGCAUUCCCCAGAUACCCCCCCCGUGCUUUCGGGGGGCUAAGCGAUUAAGAAAUGAAGGCGACAUGAUGCCUGUUCUGGACCGAAGUCGUACGUAUUCGCUCAACAGAUUCCCUAGACUCGACCUCCUCGUGGACCAAACAACCAAACAAGCCCCCGUAGAGCCCUAGAGAGAGGUAACGAGGAGAAUGUCAUGUUCGAGAGACACGAAAGUCUCCAAGAUGUAACAACAGGGGAGUACUUUCGAUAGGGCGGGGUAAUGAGCCGCGGGGUAU